AUGACAAACUGCCUUUCUUUGAUGUUUUUGGCUCUUCUGAUUCUCUACAGCUUUAUGGAUUUUCAAUCAGAGAGUUUAAAGGUGUUUGGUCCAGAUGCUCCUCUCGGCGCUUUAGCUGGUAAAGACCUGGUUCUGCCCUGUUUUAUCAAACCCAGCACCGGCGCUGUGGACAUGAGAGUGCAAUGGGUCAGACUAGAUGUGGGAGACACAUUAGUGCAUCACUAUGAGGAUCACACAGACAGACUUGAAGAUCAGGCUGAAUCCUACAGAGGAAGAACAUCACUGUUCAAAGAGGAGCUACAGAAAGGCAACGCUUCACUCAAACUCUCAGCUCUCAGAGUCUCUGAUGAAGGACAAUAUCAGUGUCUCAUUAAAGACAAAUCCUGGUCUGAUGACAUCAGUAUCUAUGUUGCUGUUAAGGCUCAGGGAAGCCACCCAGUGAUCAUGAUGGAGAGUUAUGAUAACUCAGGAGGGAUUCAUCUAGUGUGUGAGUCCAGAGGCUGGAAACCUGAACCUGAGGUUUUCUGGCUGAAUAGAGAAGGAGACACUCUGCCUGCUGAAGAGACACAGACACAAAGAGACACUGAGGGCUUCAAUGUGAAACGCCGCAUCACUGUUUAUAAUUAUAGUAACUUAAACAGAUUUUACUGCAGACUUGUACAAGAAAAUUACAUGAUGGAAGCAGAUGUUAUCAUUAAUCGUAAAGUCUUUAAUACUUGGAAGUGGAUUGUCAGCCUUUCAGUUUCAGCAUUUCUUAUUGCUGUUGGAUGGAUAGUAACUGCAAUUAUCUUACACAAGAAAGAGCCGCAGAGACAGAAGGUGGAACGUGAGAUAACAGUAAAGAGGAACUUUGCAGAGCUGCAGGUUGAGAAGAUGAAGCAUGUGUUGGCAGUGAAUAAGAUGUUUUCAGUGGAUGUGACUCUGGAUCCUGAUACAGCUCAUCCACUUCUCAUCCUGUCUGAUGAUGGAAAAGAAGUGAGGGGAGGAGUCACAGAACAGAAUCUCCCUGAUACACCACAGAGGUUUACUAAUUAUCCCUGUGUUGUAGGAAAGCAGAGUUUCUCCUCAGGGAGAUUUUAUUAUGAGGUUCAGGUCAGCGGGAAAAUUAAGUGGAGAUUAGGUGUCAUGAGAGAGAACAUUAACAGGAAGGAGUGGAUUACACUGAGACCUCAGGAUGGAGUCUGGACUGUGGCACUGAGGGAUGAGAAUGAAUAUAAAGCUCUUGCUGAUCCCCGUGUCCCCCUCACACUGAGAGAGAAGGUGAAGAAGGUGGGGGUGUUUGUGGAUUAUGAGGAGGGUCUGGUCUCCUUUUAUGAUGUGAACUCCAGAUCUCAUAUCUACUCUUUUACUGGUCAGACUUUCACUGAGAAACUCUAUCCAGUCUUCGAUCCUCGUUUAAAUGAUGGAGGUAAAAAUGCAGCUCCACUGAUCAUCUGUCCUGUGUGUAACACUGAGUGAAUUUUCACCUCACAGAUUUAAUCAUCUGUUAAA